CCAGCAGCGCGUAGCGGCUCUGCGUAGGGCGGCCCGGGACGUCACGUGACACAGAGCUCACGCCAUUUGCAGCGGAGCCGCGCGCGCAGCCGCAGUGCUGCCUUCCGGCGGCGCGGCGCUUUUUCCCGUCCUUUUUCUCUCGGCGGCGCCAUGGCGGGGGAGGCGCCGUCCCCGCCGCUGAAGGUGCUGGCCGCGCAGCUGCGGGGCGCGGUGCGCGACGCCGGCGGGACGUGGCGGCUGGACCGGACGGCGGCGGGCCGGGCGCCGCUGUGCGUGCGGGCCGUGUGGAUGCAGGGCACCGUGCUGCAGGUGGAGCGCGGCGGCGGCGGCGGCUCGGCACGGCUGCGGGACGGCAGCGGCCCCUUCACCGUGCUGGGGGUGGAGGACGUGCCCCGCGGGCGGCCGUGCCUCGAUGCAGGGAAGUACGUGAUGGUGAUGGGAGUGGUGCGGUCCUGCAGCCCCGAGCCGGUGCUCCGAGCAAUAAAGAUGACGGAUCUUUCCGAAAACCCGGUGCAUGAGGAGAUGUGGAGCCUGGAGGUGGAGGAGCUGCACAAAGUCAUCCCCUGAGCUCUGCCUGGAAGAUUUGAAGUGUAAUUUGUUUCUGUUUGUUUUUAUGCGGAGCGUUGAGCCGUUCUCAGUGCUCGUGAUUUCAAACCUGUUACCUGCGGAGCGUACAGGAGGGAGAAGUCAGGCUCAGAGUUUGCUUCUUUCCUUCUGAAAUUAAGCACUACCUCUUAAAUGGGUCUUUAAGAGAGAUCUUUACAGACUAAGGGCUGGAUUUUAGAGGGAUGCAAUUCCAUCCUUGAGUUUAAUAUUCCAGACCAGGCCCUGUUGGGUGCAGUUGUACAAUGGAAGUCCUCUGUUGUGAGGCUUUGCUGAUGGAAAUGCCAAAGCGUGUAUACAGGAUUUUGACUCAAUUUUGUACUUUGGCUUAGUGCUGGGGAGGAUUCUCUUGUGGAAUACUGUAGUCAUUAAAAAAAAAUAUAUCUGUGUGGUCACGUACUGGCUGGCAACCUUUUUCUUUUAUCCAGUGAUAGAUGCUUUUCUAUUUAAAUGCUUCUCAGGUCAGAAGCCUGAAACUUGUUGUAAGUGAGCUCGUCUUAUGCUUUCUAACUAGGCAGUAAAAUCCUGGAAGCAGGAGCAAAAACCCUGUAUCAUAGUGCUUGAUCUCACUAAAAACAUACAGAUGCUAGUUCUAGCUCCCUGGGAAGCCUUCCAUAUUUCAUCAUUAUGAAGUUAUGAAUGUUGCUUGGCUGUUGAUCAGAGAUCCACCUCUUAACUGAAAAAGUGCUUCAAGAAGAUUUGCGUUGACAUUAGUAGAUACUUAGUAACUUCAGGUUUUGAAGCCAAGACAGGAUGUUCUUCUAACGGUUCACUUUAGAAGUGCUUUCCUGGGAACUCAAAGCAAAAGAAGCUGAACCUUGAACUUCUGAAGAAGGGGCUUGUAGUGAUUGCUGUGAUUCCAGCUGAGUUUGCUUGCAGGUGGAGGGAAAUCUGUGCUGGCUGCUGCAGGGUGUCUUUGUGAGGGAGCUGUUUGGUGCUGCAGGGCCUUGUUGAGUACUGUGAAUUUUCCCUUUUUCGCGUCUCGUGUCUCGAGUUGAGCAGUAAACUGGGGGUGUGUGCAGGGCUGUGUUGCUGUUGUGUGGCAGUGUACAUAGAGGAGUUACACCACUCCUCUAGUCCUGCCUUGCAGAGCUGGGGCUCAGAGCUGGGAUGUUGUUCUAGAGCUUGGUUGUUGGGACCCUGAGGAGGAGAUUCCUGGAAGUGCACACUGCAUUAGCGGCCGUAACUGAAACAAAUCUGAGCUUGCCUGAAUGCUGAGGAAAUCACCUGGCCAAAAUGUGAGGCCGUGUGCUUUUUGAAUUUUCUCAGCCUGGGAUAAAUGCUCAAAGCAUCAACUUUGCUACCAAGUUUUGGGGCGUAAGAAUUUUGUGCUCUGUGCAGAAAUAUCUGUGAACUUGUACAGCUGGAGAUGCUGAAGGUGCGUUGUAGGUACCAAGUAGGUUGCUCUGAAAGUAAUGCCUCCUAUUUAUUUCCAUGGAAGCUACGGAAGAGCGUAACAGCACCUUCUGAAAGAGCAAAUUCUUAGCUACAAAACACUGGUUUUCAAUAUGGUCACCACCAUCAGUCAGUUCACUUGGAUGAGCUGAUAGAGGUGCUCCUCAUUUUGUGGUGUGACAGCUGUCCAUAAUAUGGCUUGUCUUUCACACCUCUGUCACUGCUACUGAAACACAUCACCCACUGCCUCACUGUGCAGCUGAAAACCAAACUUGAGAGGCCUAAUUUGAGAAAUAGUAAAGGAUCUUGUGUUUAAGGCUCAGUGCUUUUAUCACCUGUGGCCCUCACCUUCGGACAGCUGUGCAAUUGCUAAGUGCAAAUGUAAGUGCAUUCCAGAUUGCAGUUAUGAGAUGAUGUGGUGAUGAUACUAAAUUUUACUCAGUUCUUACCAUUGGAAUGCAAUAAAUUAUGUUGUGGCUUUGAUGAAAUGAGGGUUUAUUUACUCAGCAGUUUAUGUGUGAUAAAUAGGUACAGCCAAGUCAGCAUCACAUGCUCUGGCUUCAGCUCUAAGCAGAGCAUGAGGAUGUUCAUAAAGUCCAUGCAAGCUGUACCAAGCUAACUCUGAAAAACCAAUUAACGUUAGUGCCUAAAAGCAGCAUACCCGUGUGAACCCAGCUGCUUGUUUGGUCUCUGUGAACAACUGUAGGAGCCAUUUCAGCUCCAUUCUAACUGUACAGCAGUACAACUUUAUAACUAAUCAAUAACAAUGUUAAUAAACAUUUAACUUCAUUUAACCUCAUUUUG